UUACUUAGAACACAAAUCACAGUUCUAAGUCCUACUAUUUGUUUUUAGUAAUACCCUAUGUCCCUACCAACUAAUAUAUUAUUGACACGACGAUGUUUCAAAUAACUCGCACUGCCUAAAAUAUAUUAUGAUCAUCAGUCGGUCAGUUACAACAUAUCAACAAUCAACUACAUGAACGCUAAUUAUUCGUGGUAAGGAAAAUGUUCAAUGUUAUAUAUACUGUUAUAGUGAUCGAAAAGUAAUGGAGGAAUUAAAGAAGGCGUUGAAACUCCAGGCGAAACUGUACAACGCAGACACGGCCUACGUCAGCAUAUCGACAUUAGACAUGGGUCGAAAGUAUCCAAUCACUGAUUUAUCCAAAGUCCAGUCGGCAUACGGUUUGCGCAUAUUGGUUAGCCUUCAAGGAGAUCGGAGGAUAUUGAAAACAUAUCUACCUAAAUCUAUUAAGUUGAGUGAUUCUUAUAUCGACGGUUUCAUCAAUCGGGACAGAAGGUCGGUUCUAUAUUUAGUUUACAAGGGUGUAAAAUCUAAUGGGGCGUAUAAAAUCGAUUUUGAAUAAUUCCGGUUCAUCAAGUAUAUUAAGAUUGUUUUGAAUUUUGUUAAUUUUUUUCGAAAAAAAAAUUUAAAAUACAUUUCACAUAUUAUUAUAUAACAUACAGAUAACAUAUUUUUUCAAUGUCUAAAAUAUAUAAUACUGAAAAACAUAAUGUUGAUGUAAGAUUAAUGUAUUAAUGUUUGUGAAUUGAUUAUACUCCUCGUGGGUUAAAUAAUAAUAUUACAAUAAAUUACAAAAACUUUAAAUACAAAAUUAAAUUUUUCUAGUUUUCGUGAAAUAAUUGCCUACGAUGGUGUUGAUAUUAUAUGAAAAUACAAUAUACUUAUACUUGCUAUAUAAGUAUAUUAAGAUAAAA